AAUUCUUCUCAGCAAUCAACAAGAUGUCCACCACCAAAGUGCCAAUCUACUUGAAAAGGGGAAGCCGGAGAGGGAAAAAAGAGAAACUUCGAGAUAUCCUCUCCUCUGACAUGAUCAGCCCGCCACUGGGUGACUUCCGGCAUACGAUCCACAUCGGGAGCGGCGGGGAGAAUGACAUGUUUGGUGAUAUCUCCUUCCUGCAAGGGAAGUUCCAUCUCCUGCCGAGGACGGAGAGCAGUCUGAGUUCAGACGGGGCUGGCCACUAUGUCGUUCCCUUCGAGUUCUCAAGGACUGCUACUGUCUCUGGUUAUGAUCCACCAUCUCUGGACAUCCCCUCACCUCUCCUAAAGAAUGCAAUCUCUCUGCCUGUCAUCGGUGGCCCGCAGGCGUUAACUUUGCCAUCUACCCAAGCCCCGCCCAAACCACCCCGCCUCCACCUGGAUGACAAAGGCCAACCAGCUCACCAGCCCAAGGACCCUGCGGAGAAUCCAGCCAACGGUACUCGGACUGCGGAGACCCGUUGUGCUCCCAACGGCAAGUAUGUGGCCGCUCUGAAUGGGUUCGUUGAGGAAGAAAACAAAGGGGAACCUUUGAUGUCCAACGCUGGCUCCAUGCUCUCUCUCCACGUGGACUUGGGACCAUCCAUUUUGGAUGACGUUCUCCAGGUGAUGGAGAAGCACCAAACCGGGACUGUGGGCGCUCUGUUGAAGACCAACAGGCGGCAGAUCCUGACGUGACAAGGAGGGAUGUCCAUCAGAAA